AUGGCCCAUGAUGAUAUGUGGGAGAUUAGGAAGUGGCGGGGACGCCAUAGUUGUGAAGGUCAUCGUAAUGAUAGAGGACAUGCUAACUUUUCAUCACCAAUGAUUGCUUUGUGUAUUCGCCAUCAGUUGCUAAAAAAUGCCGAGUUUAGUGCCGCCGCCGUAAGAAAUUUUGUUCAUGACAAAUUUCAUGUGGUAGUCAGUUAUAAGAAGGCAUGGUAUGCACGGAGGAGGGCUUUAGAGAUUGUAUUUGGUGGAUGGGAGGAGUCAUUUAGGGAUUUGCCAAGCUACAUGCUUGAACUGCAGUAUAGGAAUCCAAGCACCAUUGUUGAGUGGAGGCAUAACGAGUUGUUGAGCCAGGGCCGUACUAAAGUCUUCUAUUACGUGUUCUGGGCACUUGGGCCUGCUAUACAUGCUUUCCAGGAGUGCCAACCAAAAUGUCUGCCUAUUGCAUAUGCUAUUGUUGAUGAAGAAACUGGCGACAGCUGGGAGUGGUUUUUGGAUCAUGUCAGAAUUCAUGUGGUGAAGUACGAAAGGGAGGUAUGCAUAAUUUCGGAUAGGCACAAAGGAAUCCUCAAGGCUAUGCGUUCAGAUGAAUGGAAAAAGCCGCCGAUAUGUCACCACAAAUUUUGUUUGAUCCAUGUGAGGAAAAAUAUCUUGACAAAACUAAAGGGUAAGGGAGGAAAAGCAAAAGGCAUGAUAUGGGCAUUGGGUGUCACAACUCAAGUACGCAAGUACGUGAGAAGGCGACGUGCACUACGGGAGGAAAGUCUUAUUGCGAUACACGAGCUCAACAAAGCCAAAAAAGAGAACUGGUCUCUUUGCUACGAUGAUGAACUGAGAUGGGGGGUGCCCUCGACAAACAUGUCAGAGAGCUACAACAACGUACUGAGAGGUGUAAGAGAGUUGCCAAUAAGAGCUUUGGUUGAUCUGACAUUUUGGCGAACAGUUGAAUGGUGGGCAGAUAGAAAGACAGAAAUACAACAAACCGAAGGUCGGUUGACCCCCUGGGCGAGGGACAAACUUGUUGCGAAUGAUGCGAAGGGGCAAAUGCAUUACUGUUCAGUAGUCGCCCGAGAAUUAGGUCAUUACCAAAUUCGAAGUCGUCCACGUGUUGAAAAUGGAAAGGCAAAGGGCGAUAACAGACAAGAAGUCGAGUUUAUGGAUUCAAAGUGCAGUUGUGGGAAGUGGCAGAUGUGGAGAGUCCCUUGUUCACAUGCGUGCACCGUUGCCAGAGAUCGAGGUAACUCUAUUUUUGAACUCAUUGAUAAACACAACCACAAAGCUACAUGGGAAGCACAGUACUAUGGUGUCUCAUUUCAAGCACCAAGACACCAAGACUAUUGGGCAAAUCCUGGAUGGAAACUGCUUUGUGUAGCCGUGUCCCCCAGUCCGAACACCAGGCACUCCACGACGCCGUGGAACUACUUCUGGUUCAUAAGGCAUGACCACAUCCUGAUGUUGAGAAGCGGGGUACUCCAUGACAUCCGUGUUGUUCGUAGAUUCGAGGACAUUCUUAACAAUUUCCCGAAUCUGGCGCACUCGUGGGUCCAUUUCGUCUUCCGUAGUUAA